CUUGUGCUGUCUAUGGUGCAGUGUGUAAGUUGCUGGGCUCUAUUAGUGGAGUGUGUGUUCUGACCAUGUACAGUGUGUAGUGGGGGUAGGGCAUUACAGCCAGUGUCUAUGGGGGAGCGCCCGGUACCCCACACCUCUGGCCAGGUGAUUAUGAAGAAGAGGGACGGUAACCCGGUGUUCCAGUACCCGGAGGAGCCGGACAUAGAGCUGGAUGAAUCUGAUUCACCAUCUGACCUGCAAAUGGCAAAAGGAAGAUGGCGAUUUCCAAACGUUACUACAGUCCCCAACCAGCUCCUGCUGGUUUCUCUGGUGGAGCAUUUAUGUCAUGUUCAUGAACAGAACCCCCACCACUCUAAACAACUUUUUAGAUUGCUUUGCCAAACCUUUACAAGAAUGGGCCUUCUGACUCCAUUUGCCUUCAGUGAUGAAUUCACCUCCGUGAGACUACAGCACAGCACAGCCAUCACAGAACUACUAAAGGCUGCUAAACGGCACAUGCAGAAAGAGGAAGUAUCCAAUGGUGACCUAAAUCUACACUUGAACAGGGCGAAGGAUAUGCUUGCUGAGGCACAGACUUCCCGCUACUUGAAUGAAUUUGAGGAACUUACUCAGCUUGGGAAAGGUGGAUAUGGAAAGGUCUACAAGGUCCGGAACAAGUUGGAUGGUCAGUUGUAUGCAAUAAAAAAAAUUUUGAUUAAGAAGGUGUCACGUAGAGAUUGCAAAAAGGUUCUUCGUGAGGUUAAGGUGUUGGCUGGUCUGCAGCACCCCAAUAUUGUUGGGUACAAUACAGCCUGGAUGGAGCAUGUUCAGCCACCGCAGUCAAAAUGCAAAGCUAUUCCCACAUUAAAAGCCAUUAGAUGCUCUUCCAACCAAAAGUCUCAGGAACACUUUAAGGAUAUCCAACGCACAGAGAGCAGUGGGGGCUCCAUUGUGUUUGCUGACUCUGGAGAGGGGAAUCCUCCAGCCGACUCUGCCUCACAGAGUGUUAACAUGAUGUCUGUAAAUAGGAAGAAGUAUUCUCUUGAUCGCAAGAUGCAAAACUUUACUGUGUCUGAUAUUUACUACCAUGGGAACAAAGACUCUAAUGCCAAUAUCCACCCCAUGUCCAGUGUCUGUAAAAAGCUUGACACAGCUCAGGAAUUGUGCCGGAGAGACCAGUGUCCAUAUAGCUCUGAAGAUGACGAUAGAAGUGACUCAUCUUGUGAUGAAGAAGAUUGUCCUCAGAAGGAAAUCUGUUUGCACCGAUACUUUGAAAUUCAGUAUCACUUGAUGUUGCAUAUACAGAUGAAACUAUGUGAAAAGUCUUUGUGGGACUGGAUUGAAGAAAGGAAUGAGCGUUACAGGAAAGGAAGAGAUUCUUCAAGAUGCUUUGGGAUUGUGGAUGUACCUAGCACACUCCGGAUAUUCUACCAGUUACUUCAAGGAGUGCAAUAUAUCCAUUCCAUGGGAGUCCUUCAUAGAGAUCUAAAGCCAAGAAAUAUUUUCUUGCAAGGACCAGACCUGCAUGUACGCAUUGGGGAUUUUGGACUUGCUUGCAGAGAUAUUUUAAAACAUUCAGACCACUGGUUAAAGAAGGAUGGGACCAAUGAUUCAACGCAUACAUCAGGAGUUGGCACCUGCUUAUAUGCUGCUCAAGAACAGUUAAAAGGAUCACAGUAUGAUUUUAAGUCUGAUAUGUACAGUGUGGGUGUUAUACUACUGGAACUCUUCCACCCGUUCUGGACUGAGAUGGAGAGAAAUGAUAUUUUAACAUCACUGAGCAAAGGCAUUAUUCCAGAAUCCUUUGAAACUCACUGGCCAAUGCAAACCAAAUAUGUUAAGCUACUGACCAGCGCAGACUGUACACUACGACCAUCUGCAGAUCAAAUGCUGAAAUGUGAACUCUUUAGUGAAAAGGAAAAUGUGAUCCAAGAUCUGCAGAAAAAAGUUCUCACUUUAGAGGAGGAAAACGAGAGACUGAAAAAGAGCUUAGAACUGCUACAGGAACAGAUGGCAAGCAGAGUUGGAAUAGAAUCUCCAGUAUAAAUGGCUCUUCACCACAUGCUAACUUGUCCCUUGCCUAUAGUGCAUUAACCUGCACAUUGUAAAAUAAAAUAACGUUAU